CCGAAACACCUCCAGAUUCGCCUUCUGUAAGACGAGCCGUGUCGUUUGAUAUGUCAUACCUGCGUGUUUACGCGUAAACCUGGGUCCGGGAAUGCAUACUAUCCACGGUCUGUGCCGAUUCUGUAUCGAACGGAACCUCCCGCAGGUUACCAUUCUGCGAGGGAAAGAUGGCUAUGGUUUCACCAUUUUCUCGGACUCACCAGUACGGGUCCAGGCAGUUGACCCAGGUGGUCCGGCUCACCAGGCUGGUCUUCAGCAGCUGGACACCGUCCUGCAGCUCAAUGGGCAACCAGUGGAGCAUUGGAAAUGUGUGGACCUGGCACAUGCCAUCAGAAACUGCCGGAGUGAGAUCACAGUAGUGGUUUGGAGGACGGUACCUGUAAUGAAACCGUACUACGAAGGUUUGAUACACAGACCAUCCUACAAAGCCUCCGGUUUUGACACACUCUCUCCCGUCGCUAAGAAACAAGACAAAACCCCGCCCCUGCUAUCCAGACCAACCAAUCACAGGCAGGGCCGACGCAAGAAGGGGAGUAGCUCAGAAGGUACCGGAACCGGGCUUCUUGGAGAAUCGGCGUGGCCAUGGAGGGAGAAAAGAGAAGAGAACGAUUACAAGACUCGAACCCAGACCCUGAAAGGAACCCGGGUGACAUCAUCAAAUGGGGACAACUACAUUAUUCUUUCCCCUGUCAACCCAGGCAACCAGAUACUGCAGCCUGUUUACCCAGAUACCAAUGGAACAAUUGGAACCCUUGGGAGGAUCUACCAAACACACCCAACCAGAGGUCUUCAGCAAGGCAGCGGCUUCAUUCAAGACGAAGGGCUCCAAGCUAGAGCCACCCUCAGGAGGUCCAUGAACAGCAAAACGACCACCAUCCCACCGCCCGCGGCAUACCGACGAAGUUUCGCCAACUACCAGAACUGCACCAUCGUCCAGUCCCAUCUCCCCCAUUCCAACUACGGAACAUACGUCACCCUUGCACCCAAGAUUCUCAUCUUCCCAGUUCACGUGCAGCCACUGGAUAUGUGCAGCCCUGAGAGAAUGUUGCUGUUAUCAGAGGAAAUGAUUCUCCAUGACAGUAAUCAUAUGUCGGUAAAGGCCACAGUGUUUAUCUACACAGACCUGUUGCUGCUUACGAGGGAAGAUGAGCCAGGCCGUUGCAACGUGCUUCAAAGCCCGCUGUUCCUCCAUCAUAUUCACAUACAGGAUGUUCCUGCCGAUAAACUGCGGCUCUACAUCUCCCAUAGGACUGAGAGGAGUGAGUGUUUGUUUAGUUUGGAGUUCUAUUCAGUGGAACAGAAGAGGCGAGUCCUUCAGUGCCUGAGAGAAAACAUAGCCAAGCAGCUCACACUGAGAGAGAGAAUGGGAUCUGAUCAGAUGCCGAAGCCAACGACAAGCGAGCAGGCAGAGCUGGGGAUGUUUAGCUACAGGCAGCAGAGUGCAUCAGAACCUUGUUCUCCAUCCUGUCCAUCUGGAUCACCCAUCCUUGGCAGAACCAGCACCCCAGUGGAGAGGCUCUCCUAUCCAGACCUUUGCUCCGCGGGUUCAACCAGUAUUCCACCAGAGAGUCUGCCCCACCUAAGACUCUCUAGUCCGGCUCAGUCACCCCAGAAGUCUCCCUCUUCGCCCAUCCAUGGAGAUACCUCCAAAAUUCCAUACAUAGAGACUUCGGAGAUCUGGAAAGAGAGAGGAGGAGGAGGAGGAGGAGAGGAGGCACCAGAAAGAGAACAGGGAGAAGGUGAGAGCGCCUCGGAGACGAUCAGCGUGGGUGCCCGGCCCACGUCUUCAUCAUCAUCAUCCUCGCCGCUGGUCAUUCCCAAGCUGUGCCUGGAUCGCACCUUCAACGCUGACGUUAUGACUUCUCCCUCGACAGACGAUGAAGACGAGGAAGACGAAGACGAGGAAGAGGAGGACAGUGACGAAGGCUAUUUGGACCACGGGGACGUUAAGAGAAGGAGUAUGGUGGAUGCGUCCCCUCUUGGUCAGCAGGUCGGGGGUCUUGGUGUCCAGAGGUCACUCCACAGACGGACGCACAGUGAAGGAAGUCUUCUGCAGGAGCCUCGGUCUCCCAUAUUCAUCUCAGAUCACGCCAUUCACUGCCUGGACACAGCCCGUGACACGCAGGGACGCUGGACUGUUCCAUCACCCAAGACCCUCAAGAAAGAGCUGAGCAAAACCGGAGGAUCCGUACACCAGAUCUGUCUUCUGUUCACUGGAAGGAGGGUUUGUGGUGAAUCAAACUGUAAAUGUGAAACUGCACGAAGUGGCAUCAAAAAGAAGAAGUCAAAGAAUCUGGCCAAAGACAUGAAAAACCGCCUGACUUUCUUAAGGAAGAAGAAUAACGAACGUCAUGGGAUCAACCCGGCAAGCAAACUGGAGAAAAUCCUCAAGUCCGUCAAGCCAACGCCAGAGGAGGCUCUUAAAUGGGGAGGGUCGUUUGAUUUACUGCUUGCUCACAAAUACGGCCUGGCCUCCUUCCGCUGCUUCCUGCAGACAGAGUUCAGUGAAGAGAAUCUGGACUUCUGGUUGGCGUGUGAGGACUACAGAAAGAUCAAAUCUCUGUCCAAACUCUCCUCCAGGGCAAAGAAGAUCUUCUCUGAGUACAUCUCCAUCCAGUCGUCCAAAGAGGUUAACCUGGACUCAUUCACGCGGGAACAGACCAAGAGCAACAUGGACAACAUUUCGCCGUCCUCUUUCGACCUGGCCCAGAGCAGGAUUUAUGGCCUCAUGGAGAAAGACUCAUACCCACGUUUCCUGCGCUCCGACAUCUACCUGGAUUUAACCAAUCAGAAGAGACCCAGCUCCAUGACCGAGUUAUCAUAAGGCGCUCGACUGCUUUGAGAUCAGCGUUGUUAGAUAUUAAAACAGAUCUCUAUAUCGCGUGGAUCCGAUAGCGCAGUAGUCUUUGUUUUAGUACCAGUUUGUCCGGUUGAUGUGUUGUACAGUAUUGACGAAAUGAAACUGCUCUGUAGCAGUGCUGGUCACAAAGAGCAAGAGAGAAGACGUUUGGCGUGGAGCUGAUUUCGUUAUUUUUAUCUUUAUGCUGCCCCCUGGUGGACAGAGAGUGUAGUAAGUCAAUUGCAAAGGAGAGCACUGAGAGCCAAUGGGAGGUCAGAGGCUUGAAUAUUAAUGAGUUUCUCUCGUUGUCAGAAAUGGAAUCUGAGACAUGUGUCUGGGAGACAAAAAAUUUGGAUGGUUUGGGGCCCCGUGGAGAUGAAAAGAUGGUGAAAAGAAUGUUGGAAGCAGGAAUAGGGUCAUGUGGUACUGUGUCGAUACUGCACAGUUUGAUUGGUCCACAUUUCAUCUGCUCUUCCAUCUUUCACUACACCCACAUCGAGGUACAGAGGAUUAUGUAGUUUUUUUUUUUUGUCAUACUCAAUUCACGUAAUGUUUGUCAACAACAUUUAACAAACAGGCAGUUUACUCUAACACACGGAUUCUUCAAUUCAUGGUGAAACUAAACAAUGACUUCCUCUAUCGUCAAAAUCUUUGUUGUUGUUAUUGCUGUCGUUGGUUGUUAAUGUGGCUUGUUUGUAUUAUUUGAGUCACGAUGCAAAAAGUGAUCAGUACGUAUAAUAUAAAUGAUACAGCCAUUUUUACCAAAAAAAACCCAAAACACUCUU